GAUCAUUUUCGUUUUGGAACUUUUCAACUCAGGGAAUUUGACGAAUUUCAUCUCUCUGAUUUGCAAGCUAUUUACUGGCUAGCCGAGGCUGGACAUCGUAUCACGGGUGUUGCGCAAAGUAAGACCAAUAUGUGUCACUACAUCAAAUGGCCAGGCAUAGCUUUCCUCUUGAUAAGGAAUGGUCCGGCUUUGAGAGCUCCUCCUGCUCAAAUGAUAACCUCUCAGCAGAUGAUGUCCUUCCUUCUACGACUAGCUAAUUGGAGAAACGAAUGGGACUCAUUCUGCCAUGGUAUCUACAUUGCCCUCGAUCUGGUGGGUGUUCGAUAUAGGACUGUAGAUGGUCACAACUAUCAUCUAUCAUCUGAUUACAAUUCCUCUCCCUACAUACUUCCAUGUCCUAUAGAUUUCAAUUUUUUCGUAUGGUCCUUCAGGCCAUUGACGCCAUUCAAGAAGUCUAGACAUGAUGAGGUGUGGAAGUUUUGCAACAAUUUUGGCAAUCAUACCCCCGCAAAAAUCGCUGCCAUCUAUACAGCUAUGCGGUCUGCAAUGGCUACCACCUUGCUGGCUAGUUACAACAUCACCAUUCGGGAUAUAUUACAACCCAAUUUUUAUCGGGGAAAUCCGGGCACACCUGGUAGUGUUAUUGAAAGGCAUGGUGAGCUCUGGUUCUCAAAGAAAUUACGCAGUAUGUUCCAAUAUUUUUUUGGUUUGGUGUUGGAUGGUGGUUACUAUUGUUACUAUUGGUGGAAUUAUGAUUAUCGCCGGGACUGUUGUGGAGGUGCUCAUGCUGAACGUUGUUUUGGUGGUAUGAAUGCUAAUUUGCCUCCGUACUGGUUUUCACCAUUGGUUGUAGAUGAUUUCCUACUGACAAGACCACUUGAAUGGGGCAUUGUGGGUCCCUUUCCCAAGGUGGACCUUGAGGAGGACUUGAUGUGUCACGGACCUGAUAAAGUUGGAAUGGUGAAGCAGCCGACAUCUGAAUCGAGCGAAUUCACAAUGAGCAGCGAAGACUUCCCGGCGUUGCCCGGCACAAGCACCGCCUCCAGCCAGAGCGGAGGCGGCAGCCAGAGUGCGGUUGGGUCGGCAGGCGCCGUGGGGGCCGUUGGACAAGGGGUGGCAAAUGCCGAUACGACGCCAGUAUCGCAACAAGGUGUGGCGACAGGAGUGAACCAACAUUCGACGUCUAGCCUGAACAUGACGCUGGACAAGGGCGGAGGCGGAGGGGUGGGCUUGGAGGGGGUUGGGGUGGAUGCGACGGGGGGAGGUGGCGAGCGGAUGAGCACCCCCCAUGACAAGGCCCUGCUGCAAAAACGGGGCAUUCAGACCUCGCCUGACGGCAAAGUGACGAACAUCCCAGCGAGCAUGGUGAAAGACCAGUUCGGCAUGGUGGGCCUGUUGACGUUCAUCCGGGCGGCCGAAACGGACCCGAACCUGGUGUCGCUGGCCCUCGGUCAGGACCUGACCGCCCUUGGCCUCAACCUGAACUCGCCCGACAACCUCUACCCCACGUUCGGGGGGCCCUGGGCAGAUAUGCCUUGUCGACCGCAGGACAUCGACUGCCUUGUGCCGCCCGAAUACCUCAUCAAUCACGGCAUCAGGGAAAAAUUGGCGCAAAUAAAAUUAGGCCGGUAUAAAGACGACGUUCUCUUCUAUAUGUUCUACACGAAUGUUGGUGAUUUCCUACAACUAGCAGCAGCAGCUGAAUUAUACCAGCGCGAAUGGCGGUACCACAUGGAGGAGAAGGUGUGGAUCACACAGGCACCAGGCCUAGGCGCCGUCGAGAAGACGUCCACCUACGAGCGCGGCACCUACUACUUUUUCGAUGCGCAAAACUGGCGAAAAGUGCCCAAAGAAUUCCACCUCGACUACAGCAAACUCGAAAAUCGGCCCAUUCUGCCCUCGUCCAAUCUGCCCCUCCAGCAGCCUGUAUGACCCCCCACACUAAUUGGUUCACGCCUUCUACUCAGGUUCUAUGUUCUCGUUUGAAUGAUUCCGUUACGAUUCAGUUGGACAAUGUACUGCGUCUAGUCUGUGUACUGAGUACUGUGUUUAGUAUCACGACGCUGUAAUGAGUACUGUACUGCGUUUAGUUUGGACGCUGGAUUAAGUACUGUACUGUGUUGAGUCUCACCGAGUUGGACAAUAUACUGUUUUUAGUCAGGACAUGUUGUUACUAGUGUUCUAGAAAGAGUACGGGUAAAUGACAGCUACACACUCAAUAGUUUCUUUUUUUUUGUUUUAAGGGUGGUUUAGUUUGGAAAUGUCUUGAAUAGGUUUGGUGGAGAACUCUGUUGAUUCCAAUAUUUUUGUUGUAUAAUUACAAACAAUUUUACAAUCAAUAAAUACAGUUUGAAUGAAAUGUUAUAGCUUUUAAUUAAUCUCUCAAACUUAGGCAAUUAUUGCUGUUGAGGUUUUCCUGUUAUUUUCAACUUCUUAAACCCCGACUUACUUAAAUGAGAGUCUGAAUGAAAAUUUAUUUCUCUUGAUAAAUUACUGAAACAUCACUGAUGUACCUUUUUCAUAUUAUUUUAUAGCUAGCAACUCUAUUAUUUGAGAAAAUGAUGAUGAUAAAUUUUGAUUGAAACUGAUGAGUGGUACGUUUGACUUCACUAGAUGCCAGUUAUAUUAACCAUCUUAAUCUGAUAAUUGUAUUACUGUAUAUUGUGAUAUUUCAUUACAUGUUUCUAUGAAAUAUGUAGUUAAAAUGGUGCUAGAUUGGUCAAGUAUCAUGCUUUAUUUCAAUUAUAAAAUCAGACAUACAAGUAAAACACGAACAUAAAUUAAGUGAAACUCAAAACACACCCCAUUAUAAUGAUAUUCAUUGUAACCCAUUGAAUAUUACAUGAAAACUGAAGAAUUAUAACAGUUUGAAAUUAUGAUUGGCAUUUUUCCGCUUCAAAUUCGACUUAACGUAUUCAAAAUCUAUUAUUCAAACACCUUUAGAUCGUAGAAUGUUGGAUUAUAAUAUUUGUCUUCAAAACUCACCUACUUAUGACGUUUCUAAACUCAACCAUUCAUAUUUCCCUAUUUUAAAACUAGUACUAUCAAUGAAGAAAUUCAUGGCAUAUUCUCACAUUAGAGCUAACAGUAGUUUUUUUUGUGAUCUUGUUAUCUUUUCAGUCCGAAGGCUUCCACACACCUUAAGUUUCCCUUAAGGUUGCCUUAAAAUCAACCUGCAACCUUGAAAUCAUCUUGAGGAGACUGGACGUUUUAGAGAAUUAUAAUUAUUUUGAUGGUACCUACCCAGGUUAACUCUUAUGAGUUUCAUAAUGAAUGAGUAAAAUGGUACCUUGACUUAUAGCUGACGUACAAAUUGCUGAUGAAAUAUUCAUAUUUUUUUGAGUGUAUAGGGAGAGAAAAUUCAUGGACCUGGAUAUUCAAAUAAAACCAUAAGAAAAUUUUGUAACUGUAUAAUGCUGGUGAAAAUAAUUUUCAUUAUUUCGUAAAAGUCAUCCAACGCAGGAAUCUCAUGUAUAUAAUGCUUGUGCAAAAUGUGAUACUCCAGUUGUAACUGAUUAAACAUAAGUAUUUUAUUCAAUCUAUUAAACUGUUAACAGUUUUUCUUGUUAAACAAACUGUUAACUGUAAUCAGUUUUCAACUAAUUAAACUUAAGUAUCUUAUCAUUUAAACUAUAAAACUUGAUAGUUUUUCAUGUGCUGUAUGUGAUAAUUAGUUGUAAUGAAUUAUUUGUACCAUCAAUAACUUGAUAAGUUAAUAAGUAAAAUUGGUAAAUUAUUGUGGAGAAUUUAUUCUUUAUUAUUAACUCAUAGGAGUUAACCUGACUUGGCAUGUCUACUUUCAACAAAGCAUUCAAAUUUGGUUCGAAUUUGAGGUUUCGUUACAAGUAUACAUGUGUCUUAAUUUUUUUCAAAAACUCUAUGCACUCAAAUUUAAUUUCUAGUCUUUGAGCUUUUUUAAAUUUAGCUCACAUCUAAUGUCGCUGGCCAAUCUCAUGUACAAAUGUAAAGUCUAACGGUAAUUAAGUAGCGUAUUAGAUGUGGCAAUAAAUAUUUUGAACAAAGUAUUAGCAACAAUUUUUUAAAUAAAUACACUAAAAUAAAAGAUUAUUUUUGUAGAAGCUGUCUGUUUGCCUGUAUUAGUUCAUACUUUAGUAUGGUGGACUAAUAGUAUUCCUAUUGGAUUUUCGUUUUUUAGAAGAAAAACGCCUGUUUCAUGUCAUUCCCCUAUAAAGUCUAGCGUGAACCGAUCCUAAACAAAAUCUUAAGACUUAUCGGUGAUAUUGAUGUUGAUAAUGAUGAUGUUUGAGAUAUGAUUGAUGAUGAUGAUAAUGAGAAAAUGUAUGGUAUUUCAUUUUUUAGAGUAUGUUGUUAUUUUCAGUUAACGAUUAAAACUAAAAAAAAAAUUGAAUUAUAAAUUGAUGAAGCUA